UCUCCGCUCUACUUUUUCCUUUUAAUAGACUUCCUCUCGUCUCAUCUUCCAAUGGAUGUUGUAGAUGAUUGGGGACGCAAAUCCGCCGUCUCCUCCACCGGAGAAUCGAUCCCUAUUUUCCUCUCGAACCCAUCAGAAGAGUCACAGCUACUCUUCUCUUCUCCCUCACUCUCUCCUCCGGUUCUCCACCGCGUCCCACACCUAACUCACUCCCGGUUCCUCACCGUCUCCGGAGGCAUCCCUCCGUCGUCCUCUUCCGCGAUCGAGUCCUCCUUCCGUAUCCCGCAUCCUAACGAUGAAGCCGCUAGGGUUCUCUCCUACAACCGCCUCCAGUUUCUACCUUUCCCCCACGGUAAAGGCAAAGGCUCCGUCUUGGUGUUUUUCCCUACCGGAACUAACCUCGAUCAGCUCGGGUUCGUGGUGGUUUCCACCGGUGAUGGAAUCCGGGUCAUGGGUUUGGGUAAAGGUGAAGCCUUUGUGUCCAAAGAGCGAUUCUUUUCUAGAGUUUUGAAGAUUUCUGUGCAACCUAUUAGUGAUUCGAGAGAGUUGGGAUACGUUAUGGUUUGUUUGCUGUGUUCGAUUCAUUGGUACUGUGUCAAGUACGAUGAGUCUCGAGGGAGGCCGGUUUUGAGUUAUAUUGGAGGUCAUCAGUUUAAGAGCUCUUCCCUUGCUAGCGCUUCUUGGAGCUCACAGCUUACCGGAGAGUGUUUGGUGUUGUUAGAGAACGGUGAGGUCUUUGUGUUUGAACUGAACGAGAGGCAUUGCAGUGGAUUCAGAGGUUGCAAGAUGAAAGUUUCUUGGGAUGAUGAUCAUCAGAAGAGUUGGUUAGGAUGUGAGUUUGGUUGGAGGCUCGGGACUUUUAUCGUUGCUCGGUCUGAUGCAGUCUUUGUUAUCACCAGAAGCUCUUCUGAGAGUUGUUGUUGUAGUGUGAGAGCUUUGUUGGAGUCCGAGAGUCUGAACAUGGCUGGAACUGAAGAGUUUGUUGCGUUUGCCAAGGCCGGUAGUGAUAGUUUUCGGUUUCUUCUAGCUUCUAAGAGCUCUGUUUAUCUUUGCGAUCAGAGGUCAGGAGUGCCUUUGAUGAAAUGGCAGCAUGAUGUUGAGAAGCCUUGCUUUAUGGAUGUUUAUAGCUUGUCUGAUCUCGGGUUCCGAACCGAUGAAUCAAGUACUUCCUGCGUUGUAGUAGGUUCGUUUUGGAAUGCAGAAUCUCAGAUGUUCUGUUAUGGACCUUCUCCUUCUGUUGAUAGUGAUCCUUCUUCAUUGUCUGUCUGGGAGCUUCCACACAAUCUACUCUCACCAGCUGGUAAAUGUCUCUGCGGGGAUUGUAAAAUUAGAGAAGUGACAACGAAGGAGUCUCUCCCUGUAUGGAUCGAUUGGCAGAAGAAGAGAGUUCUUGUUCUUGGUUUUGGAGUUUUGAACAAGUACCUUCCAUCACUUAGUUCAUCAGAUGGGUUUACUUUGAUUCAGUUAAAAUCUUCAGGGAAGCUAGAAGCAGUCAAGUUCAAUGCUUCUCCUAGCUUGGGAGGAGAAGUAUCUCACAGAGACUCCCCCUGCAACACUGAGGAGGUGAACUUAUUGUACUUCCCUGAUGAUAACAUAUACAAACUCCCAAGACGGUUCAAAUACCUCGAACUAGACUAUCUCUCUGCCUACACAAAAGGGAACCUCGCCAAGUUCUUAGAAUCUAGGAUGAGCAAAAAGAGACCAUCAGGUUCUAAGAAGAAGAGCGAUGAUCCUCUUAGCUUAACUUACCACGAGGAGCUAUGCGAGAAGUUGAAUCUCUGCGGGUUCGGUAGAGACAGAUGCUCCUCCACAGUUACUGCAGUCUUCAACAGCAUCAACUCACCAACAAGCGUUUUAGAUAUUGCGUUGAGAGAAACCUGGUCAAGCUUACCUAUGGAGCUUCUGUUGCUUGCCUUCUCAAACUACACCGAGGUUGAAGGUGUUCUGUUAGACAAGAAGAAACCGUCUCUCGAGUUCUUAUCUGUUCCUGAGUUUCCUCAGUUACCACCUUUCCUCUUAAGGAAACCUUCACGCCGAAGCAGCAAAUGGUCAAAGAAGAUACAACCUGGAGUUGACCUCAUUGGUCCUGUUCUCCCGCUCCCAGUCCUCCUCACCUUACACGAGCUCCGCAACGGUUGUCUGAAUUCAGAACAACAAGAGCUCUUCUCACCAGAUGCAGAGUUCUCUGACAGGUGCAACCAAAUCUCCAAAGCGGCUCGGGAAAUGGCAAACUCGGGUGUAGGCGAGACAACCAUAUCACUAGACGAUGACAUGUGGCUCAACAGCGACUCACAGAAGGAGAAGAGGCGGUUCAUUGCUUAUUCUCCCAUCACAGAGACAGAUGAUUCAGACAGGGAACAUGAAGAAGAACUCACAAAGUUUGUCUCCAAAGUGCGUCGCAAAGACAGUGAUGUUGAUGUUGGUGGAGGAAGAUCAGGGCUUGAGGUGUUGGAUGAUAUGUCUCCGGUGGAGAUUUGCUUCGAAGACCGUGAUGCGAGUUUUGAUAUGAAAGCUUUGUUUAUGUGCAAGGCGCUCGUCUCUCAGUGGCAAGAUCGUUCUACUCUAUAUCAAGACUUUCUUUCUCAGUACCAUCUCCAUAAAUAAGUUAAUAAGUCUUGUACACACACACACACACGGCUUUGUUUUGUCCUCGCCGACCAAUUUUGUUAUCAUCUGAUAAAUUUAAUAUAUGCUUUCUUCUCCUA